GAGAGAGAGACAGACAGAGUGAGAGAGAGACAGACAAAGCAGCAAACACCAAAAAAGGUCUUGAGCUCACGCUGGGAGUUCUGCUGCAGAAAUAAACGGACAGAGAGAGAGAGAGAGAGAGAGAGACGAAUAAAGAGACACACAGACAGACAGGAAAUGUGUAGAACGAUACAGCAGCUCACACAGGAAACAGAUGUUUGACACAGGGGUGUGAAUCGCGACAGGUCAGCGUGUGUUUAGUGAAUCAUGGAACGGGGUUGAAUCAGAUGAAUCGGUCUCCUCUGGAGCGUCGGCAUGUCUGUGGGCCCUGGGGCCAAAGAGCCCGCUCAUCUGAGGGACACCGGCCUGAGUGAACACACCCCUGUCAAAGCGGGCAUCCUGAAGGAUCCGGGUGAGCCGGUGGCGGGUCAGGUGAUUGGUCCGGUCGGCCUUCAAACGCUGCUGGAUCUGCUGGUGGGAGUUUAUCAGGAGUUUCGCUCGUCUGCGCUGGCGAGAGAAAAACACGUCAACAGAUUCCUGCAGUGGGCGGAGCCUCUGGUCAGACAGGUGAAGAAGUCACGCAUCAGCAGAGAUGACUUCGACAUCUUAAAGGUGAUUGGCCGAGGAACCUUCAGUGAGGUGGCACUAGCCAGAAUGCGUCACACGCAGCAGAUUUAUGCGCUGAAAAUAAUGAACAAGUGGGACAUGCUGAAGCAUGGAGAGACGGCAUGUUAUCAGGAGGAGAGAGAGGUUUUACUGAAGGGAGAUCGUCGCUGGAUCACUGAGCUGCAUUACACUUUCCAGGAUGACAAUUACCUCUAUCUGGUGAUGGAUUAUUAUGUGGGUGGGGAUUUGUUGACCUUGUUGAGUAAGUUUGGUGAUCGUAUCCCAGAGGAGAUGGCUCAGUUUUAUCUGGCUGAGAUGGUGAUGGCCAUCGAUUCUGUUCACAGACUGGGUUAUGUGCACAGAGACAUAAAGCUUGAUAACGUCCUGUUGACGGCAGACGGUCACGUGCGAUUGGGUGAUUUUGGUUCGUGUCUCCGCCUGGAGGAUGAUGGGCAGAUUCACUCGUCUCUGGCCGUCGGCACUCCAGAUUAUCUCUCUCCAGAGAUCCUGCGGGCAGUGGAGGGUGCGGGCGGGUACGGCAGCGAGUGUGACUGGUGGGCUCUAGGUGUGUGUGCGUACGAGAUGCUGAUCGGUAACACACCGUUUUACGCAGAGUCCAUUUCUGAGACCUAUGCUAAAAUCGUGCACUUCAAGGAUUACUUUGAGUUUCCUGCGGCGAGCUGCGAUUUGUCCGAAGAGGCGCGUUCACUGAUCACAGGUCUGAUCUGUGACAGGACAGAGAGACUAGGCUCACACGGUUCUGCAGACUUCAGAAAACAUCCGUUCUUCUGCGGUUUGGACUGGAGCUCUCUUCAUCUGCUUCCUGCUCCAUACCAGCCCGAAGUGUCCAAUGCCACAGACACAUCCAACUUUGAUGUGCUGGACGACUGUCUCAGUGAAAUGGAGAGCUUGAGUGAUGUCAUGGAGCACGUCCCGGUCGGAGUUCAUCUGGCGUUUGUGGGUUACUCUUACACAGCCACCAGAGAGACCGGUGCGCUGGACCGCAGCGGUGACAUCAUGAUGGAGAUUGACCAACAGCAGGACAGAGAUUAUCUCAAACUGAAUCAGGUGUUGCAGCUCAGAGACUCGAUCUCUGCUGAGGUGACAUCAGCACCAGAUCUUCCUCCAAAACACAACAAACCAGACCGGACCAUCCCUACAGAGACGGAGGAGAGCAAAGCACACACUGAAGAUCUGCAGAGGCAGUUACAGAAAGCUGAACUGAGGAACAGAGAAUUAGAACAGGAGAUAUCUGCACUACGAGAGGAGAUUCACAGACUGACACCCCGUAAAGAUGAAGAGCUGUGUUUGUGCCCACCGCUGUACUCUGUGCCCGUCCACUGUCUGGACCCCGCGCGGGAUACCUCAGCGGCACCACCUGCCUGCCAUUACCCGCUAGUGACAGCACGUCACCGCCACCUUCUGCUGUUCAACAGGGUGAGAAGGCCGCAGGUAACGAGUGAGUCGUAUUUGUUAGUGUGCGCUGAGAGGGCUGAUGUCACGCUGUGGCAGCGACACCUGAACGACACGACACGCCAUCAGCUGCACGACACAGAACACUAGAUAGUCUACAGCUAGAGUUGCCAACUUUCUGUCAGCCAAAUACAAGAAAGGUUUCUUUUCAGCAGGACUCCUGUGCGAGAUGCUGCACGAUGGUUAAAGAGGUCCACCUAGAGCUUGUUUACAUAGGAAAACAAUUGAAAAACAGCUCGGACGGAUGCAUUUGGUGUGAACGACCCCUAAUACACUUAAAAUGAAAACUGCAAACAACGAACAGGAAGAACCAAAUUUCUAUAAAUCUUCACUUUUAUUAAACAAUCCUUUUUGCCACAAGAAUGAAGCUACAAUCAAUGGAGAUCAUAUUUUUCUGUUUAGUGCCUUAUAACUCAUUUUAAUGGGAGAGAAAAUGCUUAACAUGAAAAUAGUGUAUUUCCCCUUGGAUUACAGUGUCGUUGUUUUUGCAGAAAAUCACAUUAAGCAUUUUAACUAAACCUGUACUUUACUUUUGCACUAAAAGUGCUGCAGUUUCUCUUCCAGAACGAGCACUGACAUAUGCAAUGUAAUGUUAUGAAUUGAUGCAUUUACUGGUGUUUUGGAAUCGCAAUGAUGAGAAACAAUUAUCAUGCACUUGAAUACUAAACGUCUGACAAAAUUCUCAGACUUCUGAUGGAAAACAUGACAGAAAAUGUGCGCUGAUUGUCAUCUUUCAAGUGUGGUGUCCAUGCAACGCAACAACAGCGGAUAUCUCGCUCAACUCACACGAAAGGUGUGUGUUUCAGGUCCAUUUCUCUUGGUUUGUGUGCAGUUUGGGUGUGAGACACUAAAAUACAGGACAAACGCGACACGUAUGUGUUUCACUCAGAACACAAUCAAAACACAAAUUGUAACCCUAUCUACAACAGACAACAGGAGUGCAGGUGAAGUGAAGGUGAAUGAACUCUUCUUUUUAAUCUGAAGUGUGUCAUUUCUGCAUCACCAGCGGCACCAAACGGAGAUGCAAAAAAAUAUGUUUUCAAACAAGUUUCCAGAACACUCCCCUUUCUUGCAUUGGUUCCGCCCCAAAGUCACACUAUUGGUUGGGUCAGAAGACAUGCAAGAGGUGCCACAGAUACUAAACUCUUCAGGACGUCAGUCUACCAAUUAGUCAGGGUAGUGUCCAAAUCGACACAAAUAUACAACAAAUAAAAAUGCUAUUAAUAAAGGGAAAAAUGCCCCUGAAUAUGAAUUCCAGGGGGCAAAUGUCGCCCAUCGGGAAAUGAAUGUCCCAGGUUCAAUGCAAGUUCAGUUCAAUCGACAGCAUUUGUGUCAUAAUGUUGAUUACCACAAAAAUUAAUUUUGACUCGUUCCUCCUUUUCUUUUUUUUUUAUUUCUCCCCUUUUCAUCCCAAUUUGAGGGAGAAAAGGGGAGACCGUCUGAGACCAUUAAUCCGUGCAUCUUAUCACGUGGCUUGUUGAGGCGCGUUACCACGGAGACAUAGUGUGUGUGGAGCCUUCACACUAUUCUCCGCAGCAUCCACGCUCAACUCACCAUGCGCCCCACCGAGAGCGAGAACCACAUUAUAGUGACCACGAGGAGGUUACCCCAUGUGACUCUACCCUCCCUAGCAACCGGGCCAGUUUGGUUGCUUAGGAGACCUGGCUGGAGUCACUCAUAUAAAAGUCACUUAUAUAAAAUUAUAAGCUUCACAUUUCUGUCUUUAAACCCUGCAAAAAUUGUCCCCAUUGACUUCCAUUGUAAGUGUCUCACUGGAACACACAUUUGUGCUUUUUUUUAAAGAAAAGGAGGAACGAGUUGAAAUUAAUUUUUGUGGUAAUCAACAUUAUGACACAAAUGCUGUCCAUUGAGCUGAACUUGUAUUGAACCCGGAAUAUUCCUUUAAUAAACAAGUUUCUGACAGACACCGUCAAGUUUUGCACUUUUUAAAUUCCAGCUGAGCACAAAUGAUUCUGAAAUGUUCUGUUUAUAUAGUUUGUUUACAGUGUGUUGGUUGUACUUUUGCUUUGCUGUCAUUAGGUUGAUGUUUGUUUCCCUGUCGAGUGUGUGUGUGUGUGUGUGCGUGUGUGUGUGUUGUUUACAGGUUAAUAUACACUGUGAUGUUAAUAUACACAUUUGCUCAGUAUCUGCUGUAUGAUGCAACAGAACAGUUGAGUUACUGUAUGCUGUGUGUCUGCUGUUACAGUAGAUUUGAUACAUUUGUCCAACACUGUGUGCAUGAAAAAUGAGUUAAUGUUCACUUGUUUUUUAAACAAUGAUGUAUGACUUAAUUAUUUAGAAGAAUUUGUUAUUUUUUUAACAAAAAAGAAGUUAUAUUAUAUUACGCAUUAAAAAACGAUUGAGGUUUUGAGUGAAAAGCUUUGAAAUAAAGCUGCCUUAUUUAUUUUA